GGCCACCGCCUGCGCUGCCCCCGUUCUCCGUCGUGGUUACAUCUGGGGCCCGCUGACUGGCUGCCGCGGCGGCAAACGGGGCGCUGAUAGGCGGCCCCAGCUGGCGGCCCCCACAGGUCACUCAUUGCGCUCUGCUGCACACACCGCCAGGCCCCCACUCACACCUGCCCGCCACGCACGCUGAUUGGGCGGCAGGCCGGGUUUCUUAUUUUACCAGCCUCUACGAUGAUUCAUGACAUCCAGGAUCGGCCCCAACUGCGCUCGAGUCUGGCGAGACUCGACGGAUGGGGCCUUGGAGAUCGGAUGGCAACUGCCCUCACACCGUCUUUUUCGAAUGUUCCAUUUCCCUCCUUCAAAGUUCGUGCUGGUGCAUACGAGGUCUCCGCAGAGACCCGCGGGCGCGCAAAUCACCAUCAGCCAGGAGUCGUGGCACUGCAGGCGCCUGCAGAUGGUGCCCGGGCGUUGAUUUCACACCAGAGGACCCCCAUCUCAACGCCCUGUUCUGCUCAGGCUCUCAAGUAGCCAUCGGAGUAUAUAGCGCCCAGCCUUGCCUCCACCCACCCGACUUCUCUCUUUUUCCUCACCUCAAACAGACAUCUCAAACUGAACCACGGCUGCAAGAAGGCGACAGACGGCACGCCGCACGGGGAAAACAGCCAGUUCCGGGCUCUUGCCACUGGCUUCAAUAAUGGCUAUGCUUCCAUGUGGUUGCGAGUUGCGACCUGG